GAGAGGAGUGUAGAGGAAGUGGCGGCUGAUCUGGGUCCGCACCUUUUCCGGUAACACAGCACCGCCACCGCUGUGACUGAACGGCUGGAGAGAGAGAGAGGGAGAGAGGGAGGAAGAGAGCUAGAGAGCGGUAAGAGCGGGGAGAAACGGCCCGGGGACAGGGGGAUGAUCGCCGCAGACAGAGGUAGGUUCUCCGCGCUUCAUCUCCUUUGUUUACGCUCGCUUUUCUGUGCGCACACAGUCUUUUCACGGAUGUAAAGUUGUCUUGUUUCUCACACCCCUCCCUUCUUUGGGCUGCUCUUGUGUCACAGGGGGGAAGAGAAGAAAGUCGGAUGAAUCAAUGACCUUUUGAGACGCAAUUCCUCUGGAUGACCCGGCGCAGAAACGCACAGGAGAGGCGCGUAUUUUGGUGCAUUUUAAAGAAGAAAAAGAUUACGCAUAGAGAUUCAUCGAGUGGAUUUGUCAAAGGGCAAGUGUGGACUGCCGGCAGCCAAGGAGGAAGUGGGAACCCCGGGCUCAGACAGGGCCUGAUUUUUAUUGCAGAAGAAAAAAACUGAAGACUAAGAAGAGGGGGAAAAAGCUGAAAUGUGGAUUUUGAAAGAAGUUUGAAAAGGGGACAUAUUUGUUUUUCUUCCUACAUCAUAGAGUAGAGAGCAUCAUGAGAAUAAAUCCCCACCCAAUUCGAGGAGGGCUCCACACACACUUCUCCCACUGAAAGCUCACCCACUCAGGUCAGCACUCAUCAUCUGAGCUCCAGUUAAGUGUAGCUGCUUCUUAUCCAACUGUACAAACUUGAAGUCUGUUGAAUAUUGACUCUUGCGUGAAUCCGCCGCUGCCGUCACGUGGAGGGCUUUCACUGUGACUUCCCUCCCUUAUUUGCUUUUUUAAAUCUCUCACAAGAGAAGCUUUGUUUUUCUUCUAAUCAAGUAUUUAUGCACAAAAAUCAAAAUGGGGAAAAUUCUGUCAAAGAUCUUUGGCAACAAGGAGAUGAGGAUACUGAUGCUUGGACUUGAUGCUGCUGGAAAAACGACCAUCCUGUACAAGCUGAAGCUGGGACAGUCAGUCACCACCAUCCCUACAGUUGGAUUCAACGUAGAGACAGUCACCUAUAAGAAUGUGAAGUUCAACGUGUGGGAUGUAGGCGGCCAGGAUAAGAUCAGACCGCUCUGGAGGCAUUACUACACGGGCACCCAGGGCCUGAUCUUCGUGGUGGACUGUGCCGACAGGGACAGGAUUGACGAGGCCAGGCAGGAGCUCCACCGGAUCAUCAACGACCGUGAGAUGAACGACACCAUCAUCCUCGUCUUCGCUAACAAACAGGACCUCACAGACGCCAUGAAGCCCCACGAGAUCCAGGAGAAGCUGGGCCUGACCCGCAUCAGAGAUAGGAAUUGGUACGUUCAACCCUCGUGUGCGACAUCAGGGGAUGGACUCUUCGAGGGCCUCACCUGGCUUACCUCAAAUUACAAAUAUUGAUGUUUCCUGUCACCAGCCUGGACAUUUGGAGGCACAAAAGUAGCUGAGAUCGAAAUGCAAUCUGAAGCAAUUAACACCUUGACCUCUCUGCUGAGUGCAUUACAAAGAGAGUUGCGGUUAUAUUUUGUUUAUUUCCCUUUUUUGAUAAUGAUGAUUUCACUAUAACCACAGAUUUCAUUUAGACAAAAGACUUGUUUUACUUCUGGUUUUCUUUUUUUUUCUAGUUUACUUUGGUUCACAGGCUGUAUAAUCAGUUCUUCUUUCAAAUACAAUAAGCUUAACGUGGUUCAACUCUCUUAGCUUUCUUACUCUUAUUUUGUAUCAUGUCCCCGAUGGGAUUUUUGGACACUCGAUUCAAGUGUCGUUCAGUAUUUUCAUGAACCAGCUACAUAUCCAAAGGAUGGAAAAGAACAGAUAAACCAUCACCUACAUCAGCAUAUCAAUCUUGUGGCUCAAACUGCCUCUGUACUGUGUAAGAAUGUGUGUUCUGGAUGUGUUAGGACCUCGGUAAAAUAACGGUUUUCAUAAUUGAUUGUACCAGAGUGAUUGAGGAACCAUGUCAGUGCUUUUUUUCCUGUGCUGUGAUCACAUCCACCAGAACUGCCACAGCGGUUUAUUUGAAAGACACUAUGUGGACGCUGGAUAUUCACACCCACUCACACUGUGAUUGAAUACUUUUUGUUGGUUCAGGGUCUCGAUCUGUUACCACCAGUCUUAUUAUUGCCUUUCUGUCCUCUCUAUGAGCUUCCAUAACUCUGUGUAUUUGUAGUUUCAGCUGCCUUAAAAAGAGGUUACAGGUGCCCAAAAAAAUCAAGACAGCUACAGCUGAAGGUAUGCUCCACUGCUGAGUUUGCACUUUGGGAGGGAAAAAGGGGGGGGCGGGGUCACCAGCUCGCUGGCUGUGCACAUUGACUGACUUUUGGACCCCAGCAAAUGUUUAAAAAAAACCCAACCCCCCUCCAGCUCCAGUGUAGGUGCUUCUUCUUUUCUCUCUUUUUUUAACCUAACAAUGUCAUCCACCUGUUUGUUUCGGGUUCACUCACACACCAGCUUUCUGUUGAUAGUUUCAUGGUUUCUGCUGUUUCAUUUUUGUUCUUCUUUUGCUAUGCUGAUGAAAUAAUAAAAAAAUAUAUAUCCAGAUCAGUACAGAGGUGACACCUUCUCAGUAAAGCAGCUGCAUUCGAGGGGAAAUGCGUGCCUCUCUUUUCUGAUGUAAAUGAGGAAGUGAGGGUUCCAGGCGUUAAGAAUUGCUUGAAAAAAAAAGAGACAAGUUUGAUCGAAACUGUGAAGUGAAGUGAGCCCCAGCCUGUUUCCUCGCUGCACAUGCAUGUGUGACUCACUGGCAGUGAAUAAAUGAUGACAUCUCCGGUUUCAAAGAAGUGAUUGUCAGGUUCAGGCUUUUGCUCAAGGUCUAAAAGUAUCAGUUUGUCACACAAGGAGCCAAAUGUACCAACAGAUUUGUUUUUUUUCAAACAGAAGAAACAUUAAAUAGGAGAAAAAGAAACAAAGAUAAAGGGACUCUGGAAAUUCUCAGUGUAGUUUUACAUCUUACGGUUCAAACAAAGGGGACUUUCUAAAGACGAUCAUAUGCUUUGAGAGGCAGGACGUGACGCAUUUCUAACCAACCGAAUAAAAAUCAUCAGCUUUGAUGAAAGCUUUGUCCUAACUUCACGGUUGUGUAACUGCUGAGGUAAGGGGGACAGUUGAGUGAAAAGGCUUUUACUUACCUGGACUAUGAGGCACAAAUUAAAUGUCAUUCAAACUGCUUAAAGUUUAACAUGUUUCCAGAUCAUACAGAGUGAUAUCUGUGUGUGUGCGUGCGCUGCAGGUUAGCUUCCCUUUUAACUGCAUAAAAGAGGCGUGUGUGUGAUCUCUAUUCUUGGUGACAUCGCCUCAUAAAGUCAGGAAGUGCUUUGAAAGAACAAAAAUACUUACGGAAACUGUUGGUUAAGAUUAAUUGUAAAGAUUAGCAGAAAUACUGUAGAAGUAAAAGCACAAUAAUCGCUCUACGUUUUUAUGAAUACAUUGCGCUAAAGAGGUGUUGGAUGGCAGUGUCCAGGAGAGUCACAGUCCAGGAAUUUCUCCGCAGGAAUCCCUGCUCUCUGUCUCUGUAUUUGCUCUGUGCUGUUUGCUCUGUAGCUGCUAAUCUGAAGUUUGACCUGUUGCUGUGCUGAGAGCGGUGUCGUAUAUGUGAGGUACAAGGACAGGCAGUACAGCUGAGGCAGAAACACAAAUGUCACAGCCUUUUAUCUCUCCUGAAACUGCUGUGUUUGUUACAAGAAUUCCUCCUUUUUUCAGAGCACGCAAUUCUCAUGAAACGACUUUAUUUGAACAGUUGAGGGCAGGGCCUCUGCAGUGUCAGGAAUAAUCGUGUUUACUCAUUAUUUCCAUUCAUGACUUGUAUUGUGUAAUUCCACAGUGAAAUCUAUGAACAUGUCUUUUUUUCUCAGGAGAGGAAGUGUGUAAAGAGAGGGCGGUUUGAAGCAGCUCCUGAUGUUACAUCAGCGCUGAGUCGGUGAAUCAUACUGCACAUGUCAGAGGCCUUUUGUACAGCUGUCAGUGAACUCAGCAGCAGAUGCACGGCGUCAAACGCUGUCGGAUUCACCUGUGGCCUUCAGUGAUUUAAGGGAUAGUAGGUGUUACGUAGCACAUCAAAGGUUGUGGUUAUCAAAGUGUACACUUUACCCUCAUUCACAGACAUUCCCUUCAGUUCCUCCUCAUUUUCAUCGUCAUCAACAGUCACAUCAGGUCUUCACAAGUGAUGCUCUACAAAUGUGCUUCCUGUGAGCGCUCUCUUAGAGAAAUCUACUGCGGAUGUGUUGAAUGAAAGUCAGACCUGCUUCAUUUUCAGUCUCACACUGCUAUAGCCUCAAAGCGCUGCCAUUGUGUAUCAGUGGGUGGGGGGAGGACCGGACUAUUGUACGCCUUUUGUAGGGGGUAGCUUCAAACAAUACUUUCAAACUGAGCUUAUUGCAGUUCCUCUGUUGUUUGUGUACUCAGGCGUUCCUCUUUGAUUUUUAUCUCUCUGCAGUUCUUCAUUCGUAGAUCCAGCAAAUAGACAGUGACGGAUCAGCACGAGAAACUCAUAAACAAGUCAUUUAAACUUUAUGUGGAUUAUUUGCCUCAAUUAAUGAAUGACUGAUGUGAAACCUACUAAAAACUGGAUCGGGUUAUCAUAGUCACACAGAGGCCAACACUCCAGCUGUGUUUAUGGUUGUGAGUCAUGUAAAUUGAGGGCUUUUAUUGAUUACUCAUUUGGUCAGUAACCAAAAAAAUCAAGAAGUACCUGGCUGCAGACAUAUCAGAGCUCUUGAAGAAAUCUGCGAUCAUUAUAAUCUUAGCUUUUGUAUUGGUAGUAUUAAAGGGAUAUUCUGACGUAAAAUUAAUUUAGAGUCAAAGACAACAACACCGACUUAGACACUCCUUCGAGAGAUGAAUGUUGCCGACCGCUUGCUUCUCUAGUUAUACUGACUUUAGUAAUGACCGCACGAUAGCAAUACACAGCGGUCUGAGGACUCAUUAACAACCCUCAACCAAAACGCCA